AUGCCACCUAAUAUAAGUGAAUAUUCUGUCGUUGACUGCGAAGCUGUAACUGGUUAUCCGCGAAAAAGAAGCACUAAAGGAAAGCGCCAGUUAGAUUUUAAUGGUCUGGAUAAACCAGUAAAACGGCGUCGCUCUUUUGGUGUCACCGAAGCAAAACAAACGCAAGAAGAGAAGUCCAUUGAAAGCAUCAUUGAAGCCGUGGAGCGUUUGUCAACGGAACCACGCCUUGUUUCUGACGGUUCACGUGAGAACACAAUGCCAACCAUGUCUGGAAAGCACAAGGAUCUGAACGCUAUCACACCUGAAACAAUGUCACGUGCUCUACAAGGUGCGUACAGUGACCGUAUUGAUCAACUGACGGUGAUAGACUGCAGAUAUCCAUAUGAGUUUGAAGGAGGACAUAUCAAGGGAGCUAUUAACCUCUACACAAAGCAAGCGAUUAAGGACUUCAUACACAACUCGGCAACGUCUUCGGAAAAGAAUCACGUGCUUAUUUUCCACUCAAAACAAACGAUAGAAGGGAAGGAGAGGUCCAUUGAAAGCAUCAUUGCAGCCGUGGAGCGUUUGUCUACAGAACCACGCCUCGUUUCCGACGGGUCACGGGAGAACACACUGCCAACCAUUUCUGGAAAGCAAAAGGAUCUGAACGCUAUCACGCCGGAAACAAUGUCACGUGCUCUAGAAGACUAUUCAAGCAGUUAA